CCAAAACACAUGCGAGAAAAGUUUCUUUCGUGGUUUUAUAACUAUGUGAAAUGCAUUUAUAUUAUUUAAUAACAUUUCUUUAGUUGAUGUUAUGUAUUUUUUAAAAUCAUUACACCAUCGAAACAAUUACUAUGGCCGUAUAUUCGAGUUUUCGAUCCCAAAAUCUGAGAUUGUUUUUGUUUCUUAUGAAGUUAGGUGAAGAUGGGUUUCCAAGAAAAGCUGUAUUACAUCGUUAUUUUUCUGUUGUCAAACAAACAAACUUUAAUUUAAAUCCAAGCCUUGUUAAAGCUUCUCCGAAGUGCUUUCUGCGAACAAUACAUUCGUCUUCAAUUGCUAAUGCCAAAGAUUACUACUCAAUUUUAGGAAUAUCUAAGAACUCAAGUCAAAAGGAAAUAAAAAAAGCAUACUAUGAAUUAGCUAAAAAGAACCACCCAGACAUAAAUAAAGGGGAUCCAGAAGCCGAAAGAAAAUUUCAAGAAGUUUCUGAAGCAUAUGAAGUUUUAAGUGAUGAAACCAAACGAAAACAAUAUGAUCAGUGGGGCACAACUGAAGAUUAUGCAAGAUCUGGUCCUGCUGGUGGCGGCUUUCAAGGCUUUUCCUCUUCUAUGGAUCCUGAAGAGCUGUUUAGAAACAUAUUUCAAGGGUUCCGAACCGGGUUCCCAGAAUCCGAUUAUGCAGAAUCAGAAUUUGGUUUUGGUUCUCAUGAAGUUGUAAUGAAUCUUACCUUUGAACAAGCAGCACGGGGAAUAAAUAAAGACAUCAAUAUUUCCAUAUCUGACACAUGUCCUAGUUGCCAAGGCAAUAGAUGCCAACCAGGAACGAAGCCACAAAAAUGCUCAUAUUGCAAUGGCACUGGAAUGGAGUCUAUAACAACGGGUCCUUUUAUUAUGAAAUCAACUUGUCGAAGAUGUCAUGGUACCAAAGUGCUAAUAAAAGACCCAUGCACUGUUUGUGAUGGGAAAGGUUCAACUGUGCAAAGAAAAAAAGUUACUGUACCUGUUCCUGCUGGUGUUGAAGAUAAUCAAACCGUAAGAAUGCAAAUAACAAAGAAAAAAGAACUUUUCAUUACAUUUAAGGUUUCACGAAGCGACUAUUUUAAGAGAGAUGGGGCAGAUGUUCAUACAGAUGCCGUUGUCAGUUUGUCUCAAGCCCUUUUGGGUGGCAUUGUUAGGAUAAGAGGAUUGUAUGAAGAACACGCUUUACGAAUUUCCCCUGGAACCUCAUCUCAUACAAAAAUACGGCUGGAAGGCAAAGGAAUCAAGCGUGUAAAUAGCUAUGGAUAUGGAGAUCAUUAUGUUAAUAUUAAAAUUAAAAUUCCAACGAAACUAUCUGCAAAACAGAAAGCUGUUGCUACUGUGUUAGCAGAAUUAGAAACAGAUUCACCUGGAAGCAUUGAUGGUAUAGUUUAUACAAAAGAAGGAAAAACUGCUACAACUUCUGAUUCUUAUGUUCAUCAACUACGUGCAGUAUUGAAUGGGCAAGAUUCUGAUCAAGAAGUUGAAACUGGUAGAAAAAAGAAUGGCUAGAUAACUCAGUGCUUCAUUAUAAAAAUAGUUUUAUGUAUAGAUUGUUAAAUUUAUAUUUUAUCAAUGGACUCAACAAGUGCAUUUCAUGUCAUUAAAAUUUGUCAGCAAAUAAAUCAG